CAAAGAGAGGAAGUAAGCAGAGUGCACGUCUAAGGAAGGAGAAAGGAAAGAGUGAAACAACUCUGGAGUAAAAAAUGGGGAAUUUCAACAGAGCAGCCCAAAUUUCACUAGCUAAAGCAAAAUGAGUAGGACCAACCGGAGGUGGGGAAGGAAGUGGCUGAGGUUGGGUAACUGGGGAGUUUCUUAUUCUCUUAGUCUGGUAUAAUAGGAGACAGGAGAACAAGCUACCUCCUACUUGAAACCUGACUUUGCACUGCUUUGGGGGUGAGUUGGACUUCUUCCCUUGGAGAGAGAAUCAAAGACUGGGAGACUCAGCCUCCAUGAUGAGGAACACCUCUGAAGCCAACUUCUCCUGCUACCAUCAGUCUGUGCUGGGCUAUAAUUACUUUGCAGUUACCUGGGGGGUGGUGGUGGCUGUGACCGGCACUGUGGGCAAUGUGCUCACCCUGCUGGCCUUGGCCAUCCAACCCAAGCUCCGGACCCGCUUCAACCUGCUCAUCGCCAACCUCACCCUGGCGGACCUGCUCUACUGCACCCUCCUCCAGCCCUUCUCCGUGGACACCUACCUCCACCUGCGCUGGCGCACUGGCGCUACCUUCUGUAGGAUAUUUGGACUCCUCCUUUUUGUUUCCAACUCUGUCUCCAUCCUCACCCUCUGUCUCAUUGCACUGGGACGCUACCUCCUGAUUGCCCACCCGAAGUUCUUUCCCCAGGUUUUCAGCACCAAGGGGGUAGCGCUAGCACUGGUGGGCACCUGGGUUGUGGGUGUGGCCAGCUUUGCACCCCUCUGGCCCGUUUACGUCUUGGUACCUGUGGUCUGUACCUGCAGCUUUGACCGCAUCCGAGGCCGGCCUUACACCACCAUCCUCAUGGGCAUCUACUUUGUGCUGGGGCUCAGCAGCGUGGGCAUCUUCUAUUGCCUCGUCCACCGCGAGGUGAGGCGAGCAGCCCAAGCGCUCACCCAGUAUAAGCUGAGCAUCCGCAGCACCCAUGUGGCGGGGACCAGUGAGGUCAUUCCUGGUCGCUUCCAGGAGCUUGACAGUGGGCUGGCAUCCAGAGGGCUCAGUGAAGGGAUCUCAUCUGAGCCAGUCAGUGCUGCCACUACCCAGACCCUGGAAGAGGGCUCAUCAGAAGUGGGGGACCAGAACAACAGCAAGGUAGCUAAGCAGUUGGCAGAGAAAAACCCUCCAGAAGCUUCUUCCAAGGCCGGGCCAACUAAAGGAACCCCAAGAGCUCAGGACUCUCCGUCAGAGUUUGGGAAGGUGACCCGGAUGUGUUUUGCCGUGUUCCUCUGCUUUGCCCUGAGCUACAUCCCCUUCUUGCUGCUCAACAUCCUGGACGCCAGGGUCCAGGCCCCCCGGGUGGUCCACAUGCUGGCGGCCAACCUCACUUGGCUCAAUGGCUGCAUCAACCCAGUGCUCUAUGCAGCCAUGAAUCGACAGUUCCGCCAAGCCUACGGCACCCUCUUAAGACGAGGGCCCCAGAGUUUCCGUCGGUUCCAUUAGAAAUGGGUCCCCAGCAACCAGAAUCCCAAAUGGUCUCUGGAGCCAAAGUGGCCAGCUGACAUGAGAACAAGUGACGGUCAGACCUGUGGGCAUUUUUACAGUCCGUCCCCAAACCACGGUUCUCCAUCCCUUGAUGAAUGAUUCAGCCCUAGGCUGCCCAAGGAGCACCAUUAAUUAUUAAUAGGUGAAUUGCAUGUUUUGAUUUGUUUGUGGUGCUGGGGAUCAAACCCAGGGCCUUGUGCAUGCAAGGCAAGCACUCUAUCAACUGAGCUGUAUACCCAGCCCCGAACCCUUUUUACUUUUUAUCUUGAGACAGGGUCUUGCUAGGUUGCAGAAGCUAGCCCCAGACUUGGGGUCUUCCUGCCUCAGUCUUCCAUAUUGCUGGGAUAACAGGUGUGUGCCACCAUGCUCGGCUAGAUGACAUGCUUUGAAUGCUUGGUUGUACUCUCUGAGCAAGAAAGAGAGAGGCCAGGGUUGGAGCUGGAACCUAAUAAGUGAGAAUGUGGGGACCUAUGUCAGAAUAAGGAUAAAGAACACCUGGCUAGGGACAGAGCCUUCAUCUGAGGGGUGUCCCACUCAUAGAACACGGGAAGUAGUUUAGAAGAAUGAGCUUGCAGGGCUUCGGCUCAGUGGUAGAGCGCUUGCCUAGCCCCUGUGAGGCAGUGGGUUCCAUCCUCAGCACCACAUACAAAUAAAUAAAUAAAAUAAGGUUAAAAAGAAAGGGUUAGCUUGCCUUUUUUUGCUUAACUUCCCAGAAAUGAUCUCUGCCCCUAACAACUGCUGCCAGCAUCCCCCAUCUCCACAAACAGGUUUAUUCUGCUCAAAAAAGUUUGGUGAUCCAGCUUGGACACCCACUCCAGUGAACCCAGCUGCCCGCCCUGCCCUGUGCAAAGGGAAGAGUCACUGAUGAGGAGCCCUGGCUCUGGGAAAUGGAACCGAGCUUUGCUAAGGCAAAAACAGGCUUCAGCCUCCCCCCCCCCCAGUAGGGUCUCACUCUUUGCAGCUAAUUCACCCUGUGGCAGGCCAUUUACCCCAUUAUCCUGGCUUCUGAAACAGAGCAGAAACCAAGAGGGCUCUGGGGCCAGAAUAGCGGGGAGACCAUACCAGCCCUUUCCUCCAGCCGGACCUACACAUCCUGUGGCUGUGGGCAUGCUCACGCACAGCGUGAGAACACUUGCGGCCACCAGGUGACGCUGGUUC